AUGCGUGGUGGCGGGGUAGCUUUGUUCAUCAAUAACUGCUUCAGGGUCACAGUUCUCGCAUCCUCCUCUCAUGUGUGGACUAAAAGACCUGGUUUCCCCGAGUAUCUGUUCUGUGAAAUCUCCUGUCAUGGUGUCUUUUCAGUCUUUGUUGCAGUGGUAUAUAGGCCGCCACAUGGUCCUUUCUUCCAGGGUAAUGACUUCAUCUCCUCUCUGCAGGGGUUUCUUCAGGAUUAUAGCUCCAAGGUCAUCCUUGGGGAUUUCAAUGCUGGUCAGCUGUCCAUGAGUAACCCUGAUGCGGCUCUGGUGCGUUCGCUCUGCUCCAAUUUUUCUCUGAGCCUUGUGCCGCACGGUGCCACUCAUCAUACUCAUGGCUCAGACUCCUGGCUUGAUCUGUGCCUGAUUGAUCAUGAUGACACGUUUCUAUCCUACUGGAAGACAGAGGCCCGCUUUGUGGAUGGUCACGAUCUUAUCACUGCAACAAUACAGGCUGUCCUGCCUCGCCCAUCUGUGAGUAGGGACUUCACUUACAGGGAUUUUGCUGCUCUGGAUCUUGAUGUGCUAUUGUCGCAGCUUGCCGGGAGCGACUGGUCGGUGUUCGAUGGCCUGUCGUCUCCAGACGAAAUGACUGCAUGUCUGGGCNCGUUUCUAUCCUACUGGAAGACAGAGGCCCGCUUUGUGGAUGGUCACGAUCUUAUCACUGCAACAAUACAGGCUGUCCUGCCUCGCCCAUCUGUGAGUAGGGACUUCACUUACAGGGAUUUUGCUGCUCUGGAUCUUGAUGUGCUAUUGUCGCAGCUUGCCGGGAGCGACUGGUCGGUGUUCGAUGGCCUGUCGCCUCCAGAUGAAAUGACUGCAUGUCUGGGCGGUAAUCUUGGAGUCGCCAUGGACGCUGCUGUCCCGCUCAAGACGGUGAGGAAGUCCUCGAAGCGCAAGCCGUGGUUUACUGAUGGGAUCGUUGCUCUUGUAGCGGAGAGAGAUCGCCUGUACCGUAUAUACAAACGUACUCACUCUCAUCAGGCACACUUAACCUAUCGCACGGCUGGUGAUCGUGCUCAUCGUGAGGUUGAGGCGGCACGUCAACUUUUCUUCCAGCGAAGGCUGCAGCCUCUCUCUGACCCAUCGCUUAUCUGGAAGGAGCUCAGCAGGCUUGGUGUGGUGACUGGGAAUGACUCAAAUCCCGAUUUCGAUCCUGAUGUCUUGAAUCGUUGCUUUGCUGGAGUGUCCUUUGACGAGACGGAGCCUUCGCUGGAUGGGUUCUUGGACUCCGCUGAGCUAGGGGUCAUCCCUCCUGCCGUGGGUUUCUCCUUCAGGCCAGUCACUGCUGCUGCUAAAGGGACUGAUGGGGUUCCCAUGUCGGUGGUUGUGGCUGCCCUGCCGAUUCUAACACCUUAUCUAGUGAUGCUCUUUAACAUCUCUUUCGCUCGGUCCUGCUUUCCCUCUGAAUGGAGGAGGUCCCUUAUUGUUGCGCUUGGCAAGGUGAAAAACCCUGUGUCAUCUAAUGACUUCAGGCCGAUUGCCUUGCUCUGUUUCCACUCCAAGGUGCUGGAGAAACUUGCUUCCCAGCAAAUUUCCGGCUUCCUUGCUGAGCGCUUUAUUCUGGACUCCCUGCAGACGGGUUUUUGUCCAUUCAAUGGGACGCAGACGGCGCUAUUGAAACUGAUAGAUGACAUUAGGACGAGUAUUGAUAGACGACAGCCGACGAUGCUGCUGUUAUUCAAUUUCAGCAAGGCGUUCGAUUCCGCUACACUAGGCGGCGCGAGUGGCUGUUCAUCCUUCUGUCGUCUGAAUAAGGGAGUUCCGCAGGGAUCUGUUCUAGGUCCUCUGCUAUUGCUCCUGUUCAUUAAUGAUGUUGGUGUAAACUUAGGGCCUGGAGUUUGGCAUCUGAUAUAUGCUGAUGAUCUCCAGAUUUACCUGACCUUUCCACGUGAGGAGUUAGAGUAUGCCAUUCACCGCAUGAGCAAUGCUGCUAACCUUGUGACAGACUGGGCUAAUGCAAAUCGGCUGAAGCUGAAUGUGGCAAAGACGAAAGCCAUCAUUUUUGGCUCUAAUGUCUUCGUUAACGAUGUCUAUUCCUUGCCCGGUUUGUCUGUUAACGUUGGUGGCUCUGCAAUUCCGUUUGAUAUUUCCGUGCGCAGCCUGGGAGUGGUUCUGGAUAACAAGCUCUCUUGGAAGGGACAUGUGGCGCAUGUGACGCAGAGAGUUCACUCUGUCAUGUACCGCCUUCGGUUCUUUAGAGCCAGUACCACUCUGGGUCUGCGUAAACACCUCAUUCAGGCUUUGGCGUUCCCCCUGAUCGACUACUGCUGUCUCGUGUAUGAUGGUCUGUCUGGUGUACUUGCUACUGUGAUUCAGCGUCUCAUCAAUAUGACGGUUAGAUACAUCUUUGGGCUAAGGAGAGACGAGCACAUCACUCCCUAUCGUCUGCGGCUUGGCUGGACGACGUGUGAAGUGCGCAGGAAGUACUUCCUUGCGUGCCUCACUUACAAGAUCCUUCGCUUUGGUCAGCCGGUGUAUCUGGCUGACUUUUUUGUGGUCAGUUGA